AUGGUGCGCGGCGAGGAGGAGCGCGAGGCCGGCGGCCGCGACACUAAGCGGCGGCGCAAGGCGGCUGACAGUGAUGCCGCCAAGAAGAGUGUUGGCGGCGGGGAGGGUGAGGCGCGCACCCCCACCAAGGAGAAGGCCGUGGGGGACACCUUCCAGGCCAGCCUGGAGCACGAGGCGGCCGAGGCGCGCGGCCGCACGGAGGAGGAGGACCAGCAGCUGGUGGCCGCCAUCGUGGCCCACGUCCGCACCGCCAUGAAGGAGAUCCUCAAGCUGAAGGCGGAGCGGCCAGAUCAGUGGGCGGCGGAGGUGGAGGAGCGCAAGGCCCAGGUGCUGAUGCUGGGGCUGUCGCUGCGCCGCCUGGGCCGUGUGCAGAAGGUGCGUGUGCGUGACGCCCGGGAGCGCACGGCGGAGGCCAGGCUGGGCGUGGACGGCGUGACGCUGCAGCUGCAGAACCUGCUGUACGAGGUGGCCCACCUCAAGAAGGAGGUGCGGCGAUGCCUGGACUUCCAGUCAGCGGACCAGGAGUUUGACCUGGUGCCCGUGGACCAGUUCUACAAGGAGGCCCCGGAGGACGUCAGCCGCCCCUCGGAGACCGCCGACAACCCCCACAAGCAGCGGCUGGCACGGCUGCAGUGGGAGCUGGUGCAGCGGCGGGACCAGACGCAGCUGUUUGACAAGCUGACGGAGGAGAAGGAGGCCGUGUCCGAGGCCAUCGCCGAGCAGGAGCGCAAGCUGGCCUCCCUGGCCCCCCGCAUCAACACCAUCCUGGAGGCCACGCGGCCCCUGCAGGCGGCCCUGGACCUGCCGCUGGACGCCCGGCGGGAGCAGCAGCGCGUGGUGCAGCUGCUGCCCUGCCCGCUGUACACGCUGUGGGUGCAGGUGUCGGCCUACGGCGAGGCCUUCGACGCCUCCAUCGCCGUGGAGGUGCUGGGCGACGCCGAGGCCGCCAGGAAGCUCAUCACACGGGAGGAUGAGCCGCGGCGGCCGGACGUGUGCUCAGAGUCCGACAAUGAUCAGGAUCCGCCGGAGGAGAACCUGUCCAGGAAGAAGCGUUCCCAGCGGCCGCCGCGGGGCGACGCGGAGGAGCUGGACGACACGGUGCGCCAGACCCUGAGCCUGCACCCGCUGUGUGUGCGGGUGACGGUGCCCAGCAGGGACGGCAACAGUGUGGCCGUGGCCUUCCACUACAUGCAGGCCCUGCGCGUCAUCACGGCCAAGUGCUCCGUGCACCUGGCCCAGGAGCCGCGGCCGGCCCUCACCGACGUGAUCGGCGGGGACAGCCUCCUGCGCUGCCUGGUGCCCGGCGACGACGGGGCCGCCUCACCCAACCCCGCCAACCACUUCACCCUCACCCACGCCGGCAUCACCCUGGCGGACCACCUAGCCACCACCGGCCGCCCCUACCGCUGGGCUCAGCACCUGGGCGGCCUCACCUUCUCCAGCCACCAGCAGCAGCAGCAGCCCGGCGCGGCGGCCGAGGACUCCCAGGAGCUGGCCGCCAGCAGCCCCGCCGCCUCGGUGCCCUCCCAGGGGGGGGAGGAGCCGUCAGUCUGGCAGGAGAGUGCCCAGCAGGUGCCGUCCACCAUCCAGGCCAUCCGCCGGCGGCUUCAGGCCAGGCUGGCCCUGCACACCCAGCUGGUCACCCUGGAGACGGCCACCAGCACCAGCAGCAUCGCCCUGCCAGCCGCCCUGCUGCGCCAGCACUUCCCCGGCAAGGUGUGCUCUGAGCUGCGGUCGUGGCGGCCGCUGACCUGGGAGUGUUACCAGGAGUGCCCCGCCACCCGGCCGCUGUGUGAGGCGGGGCUGGUCACGCCGCAGCACCUGCUGUUCCUGGCGGUGUUUGAGCGGCGGCAGGUGGCGCUGGAGGCCAGGGUGGCCGUGGCCCCGGACCACCCCAGCACAGCCCCGCUGGUGGCCCUGGCCCUGCGCUGGGAGGGGCUGCACCACCCCGCCUCCCUGCCCCAGCUCAGGCAGAUGGAGCGGGAGGUCAACGUGCACUGGGAGGAGCUGGCUGCCUCGCGCGCCGACCGCCUGCACCUGCUGCCCCUGCUGCUGUACCGCCUGGCCGUGUGUCUGGACGUGCUCACCGAGGCCGCCAGCGCCCAGGCCGACCCAGACGGCCCCGGCACCGGCACCGGCUCACACUUCCACAAGGAAAAGAUAUUCUUCAGGCCGGCGCGGGGGCCAGACCGCGCCUUCCCCUUCAAGUACCACCCCAAGCUGGGCGUGUUCUCCCAGCGCUGA